GUAAAUAUAUACUAUCAGUACACUUAUAUUAAAAUUAUUAUGCUGUGCACGUUUUGUUUACCCGAAAAAUGUGAUUCAAACUUUCAGUUUUUUAAAUCUUAACUGCGUUGUUUAAGAAAAAAAAAACCCUAAAUUUAUUAUUGUUUAUUAAUAAUAAAUCAAUCGAUCGAAUAAUCGUUUGCGGGUAUACCUAAGUACGAAGUAAAAUAUGAGUGCACAAAAUAGUGAUAAUGACCGUUAUAAAAAGGAAUAUUCGAGAAUAAGGAAACUGACGAGUAGAUAUGACAUACGGACUCAAUCAAAUGAAUUUGGUUUGUCGGAAGAUCAAGUUGCGGAAUUCAAAGAAGCAUUUAUGUUGUUCGAUAAAGACCAUGAUGGACGGAUUACUGAGGCAGAACUAGGAGUGGUCAUGAGAUCUUUGGGUCAAAGGCCUACUGAAACUGAUUUGCGAGGUAUGGUUAAAGAAGUGGAUAAAGAUGGCAAUGGUAGUAUUGAGUUUGAUGAAUUCCUGCUAAUGAUGGCUAGAAAACUAAAAGCAGCAGAUGGCGAGGAAGAAAUGCACCAAGCUUUUAAAGUAUUUGACAAAAAUGGCGAUGGAUUCAUAACAUUUGAUGAACUCAAACGUGUUAUGUGCAGUAUCGGAGAAAGGCUCACUGAUGAAGAAAUUGAGGACAUGAUAAAAGAAGCAGAUUUAAAUGGUGAUAAAAAAAUUGAUUAUAAAGAAUUUAUUACAAUAAUAAGUUCUAAGAAAUAAAACGAAUUACGGAUGUUUUACGCCAGAAUUUCUUCUGAAUUCUGCAUACACCGCAUCAUCAGCACCAGACAUAGAACUCAUUUUACCAGACAUUUUCUUAUAGGACUUGGAUGUACCCUCAUAUGGCAUUCGUUCCUCAUCUGCAUCUGUGUCAUUGGCUGCUAAGACUUUACUUAAUAAUAAACCUUGAUCUUCUCUACUAGAAUAAAAUAGCUCUGGAUCCUAAAGUAAAAUAUACAGUAUAAUUUUAAAAUA